AUGGAGCGGUAUACAACUGAACAACGUGUCGAAAUCGUGAAAUUUUAUUACCAAAACCAGUGUUCUGUCCGGCAAACAUUCCGGGCACUUCGUCUAGUUUAUGGUGUCCAUGAUCGUCCUACGGAGUCCACAAUUCGCUGUUUAAUGCAAACAUUCAAAGAAAGUGGUUCAGUGGCAGAUCGACCAACGCCUGUACGUCAACGAAGAGUGAGAUUCGGUGAAAAUAUUACUGCUGUUCGGGAAAGUGUUCAUGAGAAUCCGAGACAGUCUAUUCCGCGUCGUUCUCAAGAACUUGGACUUUCACGGAUAUCAACCUGGCAAAUUAUGCAUUAUGACUUACAUCUUCACCUAUAUAAGUUGCAAUUGACUCAAGAAUUAAAGCCCAGUGAUCAUAGACUGCGACGUGAAUUUGCUAACUGGACGCUAGAACACUACAUGGAGGAUGAUCCUGAUUUUGGGGAAAAAAUAAUCUUUAGUGACGAGGCGCAUUUCUGGUUGAGUGGCUUCGUUAACAAGCAGAACUGCCGAAUUUGGAGAGAUGAAAACCCGCGGGACAUUCACAAAGUUCCACUGCAUUCCGAAAAAGUAACCGUAUAG